CGAGGGCCCCGCCGCGGGGGGCGGCGAGAGAGAGGCCGAGGCGGCGGCGGCGGCGGCUGGGGCAGCGGCCAGCAGCAUGCGUCUGGCCGGACCAUGGGCUCCACGCGGGUGACGGCGAAGGAGCUGUGCGAGAAUGACGACCUGGCCACCAGCCUGGUGCUCGACUCCUACCUGGGCUUCAAGACCCACAAGAUGAACGUCAGCCCGCUCCCCGCCAUCCGGAGGCAGCACCACCUGCGGGAGGCGGUGGAGGCGUUUCGCCGGCGCCGGGACCUGGACGCCGCCUACCGCGCCCUCAUGCUGGGCGAAUGGGCCGGCCCGUACUUCAAGAGCCGCAGCCGCCAGCAGGAGACGGCGCUAAAAACCCACAUAUUCCGCUACCUCCGCAUCUUUCUCCCGGAGAGCGGCUUCGUGAUCUUGCCGUGCAGCCGCUACUCCCUGGAGACCAACGGGGCCCAGGUGGUGUCCACAAAAUCAUGGAGGAAGAACGACAAGCUGGAGCUGCUCGUGGGCUGCAUCGCGGAGCUGACGGAGCCGGACGAGAGCCUGCUGCGGGCCGGGGAGAACGACUUCAGCAUCAUGUACUCCACGCGCAAGCAAUGCGCCCAGCUCUGGCUGGGCCCCGCCGCCUUCAUCAACCACGACUGCAGGCCGAACUGCAAGUUUGUCCCAACGGAGGGGAACACGGCCUGCGUCAAGGUACUCAGGGACAUUGAGCCGGAGGACGAGAUCACCUGCUUCUAUGGCGACGGCUUCUUCGGGGAGAACAACGAGCUGUGCGAAUGCCGCACCUGUGAGAGGAAGGGGGAAGGUGCCUUCCGGCUGCGGAAGAAGGACCCCUCGCAAUCUACCUCAGCCCAGAAGAAAUACCUGCUCCGGGAGACGGACGGGCGGCUGCAGCGCUGGAAGGGGCGGGGCUCCAAGCAGGCGCAGCACCAGAGCAUGCGGCGGCGGCGCAGGGCCCGGCGCAGGAGGGAGCGUGGCUGCGUUUCCCAGCGCCGAGCCCCGUGCCGCGGGCCGGCCUCGUCUCUCGCGGCUCUGGGCGCCGGCCCGGUGAAGGACCUGCGGAUCUCCCUGCACGACUGCGUGGCCUGCCAGGCCACGGGGGGAGCCGGCUGCCGGCUGCGGAAGCCGCUCUGGGUCACCCUGCCAUGGUGGGGCCCCAGGGCCAGGCAGCCUGGCCCUGCACCAGCCGGCACCAUCCUCCUCCGUCGCUCCCUGCGCAGAUGCUGCCGGGCGCAGCGGGACGACAGCUGCUGCACGGCCGCCGGCCUGGGUGUCCCGCGGCCCACGCCACCUGGCCCGACCCACGCGGAGCUGGGGGGCAGGCUGCCCAGGGGGCUGGCCGGGCAGGGCUCCGGGGCGGCAUCCCCCCUGGCUUGGGAGCUGCCCGGGUUCAGAACUGCUGGCAGGAGCUGCCCCAGACGGGGCUUGGAGGAGACUCGCCCGUGCACAAGGCCCUCUGGUGGAGUCCUGCAGCUCCGGGCCGGGGUCACUGGGCCCCCUAGUGGAGCCCUGAAGCUGUGCGCUAGGGACACACAGCUCCGCCCCGGGGACUCGGGGCCCCCUGGUGGAGCUCUGGAGCUCCGCCCUGGGGACUCGGGGCCCCCUGGUGGAGCUCUGGAGCUCCGCCCCGGGGACUCGGGGCCCCCUGGUGGAGCUCUGGAGCUCCGCCCCCGGGACACGCGGCUCCAUGCCGGAGACUCAGGGCCCCCUUCUGGGGACACGCGGCUCCGUGCCGGGGACUCAGGGGCCCCCGAUGGAGCCCUGGAGCGCUGCACCAGGGACACCCCGCUCUGCCCCCCUGCUCCUCAGCCCCCCAGCCAGCUGGUCUGUCUGACUAGGAGUAUGGCCCGGCAGCAGGCCAAGGCCAUGCCCCCUGCCAGGCCCCACCCCCCCAGCCCGAGCCGCCGGCGGCCGGCCAGCAAGGCCCCCCUGGGCAGAGACGACCCCAAGCUCUCCCUCUACGCCCAUGUCCGCCUGGAGACAGUGAGGCCGCGCUGGCCGGAGCAGGAGGAGCCCAAACGGACGGUGACCUUUCACCCCUUCACCCCCCCGAAACGCCUGCGGCUGGUGGUGAGCCACGGCUCGAUCGACCUCGACGUGGCCUCCAGCGAGGAGUUGGCCUGAGGCUCAGGGACCGGGAGGGGCCCAGCUCCCUCCUCACCUGGCUGGCCCACCCCCCUCCCCUCAGCCCAGGAGCCGGAGCCCCUCCUGGAGCAAGAGGCUCUAGCCCAGCAGGGGUCUGGGUCUCUGAAGCACAUGCCCCCCUCCCCCCAGGGACUGCACUGAGCCACCCCCCUACCCCAUUGGACAGAGCUUUUCCGGACCCCCCUCCCACGCCAGGGUGCCUGGGGCGCUGGUGGUUUGUUGGUGACUUCUGGCGUCUGGUUCAAGCGGGGCCCUUUGGGGUUAUUUAUAGUCAGUUUGGCAGGCGGCCCCAGGCCCGAUGAGGGGGGUGGGUGCAAGAGGCUGCUGGGACAUGGGGCCUUUCCCCUCUCGGGGGCCCUGGCCCGGAUCCGGCCCCCAUGCGGGGUCUGGCUUGCUCAGGGGCAGGGAAUGGGGCAUGGGGCCUUUCCCCUCUAGGGGGUGCCAGCCCCAGAGUGGGGACUGGCUGGCUCGGGAGACAGGCAAUGGGGCCUUUAAGGGGGCGCCGGCCUUGAUCCCACCCCAGAGUGGGAACUGUCUGGAAAGCGGGGUGCUGGGCAUCAGGAUGGAGGGCACUGGCCCCCCUACCCGCCUGCUCCCCAGACUGUGGGCACACGUCCGCCCUGUCCUGCCACCGGCCGUGUAUAACACCCAGCCCUUGGCUAAGGCUUUCAGUGGGGCCUGGGCCAGAUACCCCGGCGGGGGGCACCAGCCCACCGCCUGGCGUCCUGCACAGGGAGAUGCCCGGCAGCCGGUUAUGAGACCAGCCUGGGUAGCUGCUCGUGCCAACUCAGCCUUGCACCCUACAGCUGGGGGGCUGCACAUGGGGCCCCUGUCUCCCCAGCAUCCUUAACCCUUUGCAGGCCAGCCCCCUGGUGGGGGCCCAGAGGGGCGUUCAGAUGCUGCCCUGGCCCAGGACGCCUGGGUUCCCACCUGGGCCAAACAGGCUGUACAGGAUGGUGAGUUCAUUAGUCAUUAGGGGCUCGGGUUGAUCCCCCGUUCUCACCUCAGACGUCCCUUGCGUUUAGAUUGGAAGGGCCAGAUUUCCCCCACCCCCAGUGUCGGUGGGCUGUAGCUCCAUUGGACUCAUGGGGGCCAGCCCCCCAGCAGGGCCUACGGCCGACCCCCAAUGGAGCAAAGGCUGAUUAACCCCAGUGGGGGCUGCGGCUGUCCCUCCUCCCCCCAAUCUCUGGUGCUAGUUCGGUGUGUUUUCUCCUUCAGAUCCCCAGCUGCUGGAGUCAGGGCGCGAGGGGAGAAUUGUGGUGUUUGAUAAAAAAAAAAAAAAACUUUCCUAGGUGGGGUGGGGGGAAGCCCCCCAGAAAAAGGGGCCUGGCCUGACUGCAUUGAAAGCUCCUGGGAUGGUUUGCGAUCACAUCAAUUUUGGUCCCUGAGGCCCAGCUGGUGGAUUUUGAUCCCUGGGGGCUGAUUGGGGUGGGGCCCAAAGGGCUUAAUUUCUAACAAGUCCUGGCUGGUGGCCCCCGGCUCCCUUGAUUCCUGGAGCUUGGUGUUCCUUGCCCCCUUACUGGCUUGGGAGGUGGGGGAGUGACCUCAGGCUGGUUAAAGGGGGCAUCUGAAUGCCCCACCCCAGUUGCUGCAUGACGUAGUGUUUAGGGUUCUCCAUAGUGGGGGGCUGGGUCCAAAGGAUAGUGGGGACAGUAGGAGCGGGGAGCCAGGACUCCUGGGUUUGGUCCCCAGCUGUGGGAGGGGAGCAGGGUCUAGU